AUCCUGCCCAGCAUGACAGGGCCGCUUGCGCCAGCUUGGGCGCUUGCUGUGGCUGCGGUGAGCACCCUCUGUUUGUUUGUUUGGCGUUUGCUGUGGCGGUGGAACAGACGAGCAAGCCGGGCGGCGAGUGAGAGAUUCGACGUGCAUGGCUACGAAGGCACCACGCUGCACUACAGGAUGCCGCGAGGAGACAAACCCGCCAACAGAUUCAGGUAGGGAGAUUUGAGAAAGAUCCAUCACACAGAUCUGCCUCUGCCAUUGGACGCAUCUGUGUGUGUGUGUGUUUGCUACUAGCUACUUCAUUCGGAUGGACCUGAUGAAUCUGAGCACACCCGUGGACACUUGGCUGGUGCGCUUCAACCGCAGUCGGCACCUCAAGCAUCGCGAGGGCCGGCCGCUGAAUGAGGAGGUGCUGCGCCUGUGCCAAGAACAAGCAGCCAAUAGUACUGCAGAGGGCGCCGCUGUGCUGGACGGCCGGAGGCUGCGCAUGUACGUUUUGACUGGUGCGGACUACCUGGGCUACUCAUUUAACCCCAUCAGCAUCGUCUUCGUUUGUGAUGACGACACCGGUAGGUAUGGUAUGUCCCAGCCCAACCAACCACCGUGUCUGUCGCCCGCUCUCAGUUUGUUUGUGCGCUCUCUCGCCUCGCACACAACACAGGUGACUUGUUGUAUUUGGUGCACGAGGUGCACAACAUCCCGUGGCUGGAGCGGACUGCCUACGUGACGCCCGUCAGGCCCACUGCCCGGCCUCCCACCCCGCCCACUCCAUCGAGUGUGGCGUCCGACGGGAGUGAGAUCGAUGCCAAUGGCGACGAGAGCGACGACUGGUGUGAGGUGGAGCUGUCGCACUCACUCCAGGACAAGAAGAUGCACGUGUAAUGCUUGAAACAGACGCGCACGUGUCGGGCAGGGCAGGCAACACAGGUCGAUAUGAUGUCCCUCCCUGAUGUGUUUAUGUGGUCUGUGCUGUGCUGGGCGUAUGGAUGGCCACAGGUCGCCGUUCAACCCCCAUUCGGGUCUGGUGUACCGCUUCACCUACCCACACCUCGACAGACUCCACCUAAGGAGAAGACCAGUGCAGACGAGUGACGGGCCGACAUCCACAUCCACACCAAGACCCGCAUCCCUUGGGUGGCAUCUGCCUGACCGAAUCGAGAUGAAGGUGUCGGUCAUGGACAAGCAGACCCACCAGUCCAUCAUGUUCGCCGCCAUCGACCUCAGGUCAGCUAGAUGUCAUGUGACCAAUGAAUGACUGGCAGCCAAGCCGCCGGGAUCUGCUGCAUUGACUGCAUUGGUCUGUCUGUCUGUUGCAGGCGGGGCGAGUUCUCUUUAUUGCGUUGGCCCCGUUCUCUGCUGACGGUGUUUCGCAUCCACCUGGAGGCCUUCCUGCUGUAUGUGCGGGGGUUCGUCAUCUGCGACCACCCCAAGUGGGACGUUAGGGGCUAUGUCUUCCAAGACCCAGAGAGGCACAACAUGCACCACACACUCCCGCCAGACAGCCACUUCAACAAAAGAGAUUGAUUAGUAGGGAGGGGCGUUUGUUGGUUAGCGGGUGGAUUGAUUUGUGUCUGGUCGUGUGAGGUGAGGGACUCGAAAAUUCCUUUAUCAAGAGUACGUG